UCCGUCUCUUCCAACAGUUCUCUAGCUCAAAGGGGAGUUUUUCCCCCAUGGAGUCUCUUCUCUCUCUCAUUUUCUAGGGUUUGGGAAAUCACAGUUCACGAGGCAUGAUCUCCUUCCUAUUUGCUGGUUUUCCUGGAAAAUCUGAGGAGAUGGAGCGGGAAUCCCUAGAAUUUUUAUCUGUUUGGGGUUUCUGACAAAACGGUCCCCGCCUCGGGAACGGGGUUUCGACCAAUCUAAGCUGUUGGUGGAGAAGAAAACGGACCUGAAAAAAGAAUGCCGAGCCGGAAAUCGAGGUCGGAGAAGAAAGACGCCGGAGAGGAUGAGCUCCGGCGAGACCCUUACGAGGUGCUCGGCAUCUCCAGCAACUCCACGGAUCAGGAGAUCAAGAGUGCCUAUCGGAAAAUGGCUCUAAGGUACCAUCCUGAUAAGAAUCCAAAUGACCCGGUUGCAGCGGAUAUGUUUAAGGAGAUUACAUUUGCCUAUGAUAUCUUGUCUGAUGCUGAGAAACGGCGCCAAUACGCUACAGAUGGCUUUGAGGCUGUUGGGUCAGAGAAUGAAGAGCUUGAGGUGGAUAUCUCAAGUUUAGGAGCUGUCAACACUAUCUUUGCUGCACUAUUCAGUAAACUUGGUGUGCCAAUCCGAACAACUGUCUCAGCAAAUGUAUUAGAAGAGGCAUUGAACGGCGUUGUUACAACUCUGCCGCUUAUGGUUGGUCAAGUGGUGUCUAGGAAGGUUGAAAAGCAAUGUGCUCACUUUUAUUCUGUCAAGUUAACAGAGGAGGAUGCACAGGCUGGAUUAAUAUGCCGAGUGCAGUCAUCCUCCAAAAGCAAAUUCAAGUUGCUUUACUUUGAUCGAUCAGAAAAUGGAGGGUUAAGCCUCGCACUACAGGAAGACAGCAGAAAAACAGGAAAGUUCUCAUUCGCUGGGUUAUACUUUUUUGGCUUCCCUGUUUACCGGUUUGAUCACCGAGUUAAUACAAGGGCUCUGUCAAGGGAUCCAGAGACUGGAUUUUUCAAAAGGCUUGAUGGGUUUCAGCCAUGCGAAAUCAUCGAACUGAAGGCUGGAUCUCAUGUAUUUGCUGUUUAUGGUGACAAUUUUUUCAAGAGCGUGAGCUAUACCUUACAAGUCGUCACUUCUGCCCCUUUCGCCAAGGAGAAAGAGAUUCUUCGAUCCACGGAAGCAGAGAUUGUCUCGAAAAGAGCAGAGCUAUUGAAGUUCGAAUCUGAAUACAGAGAGGUCUUUGCACAGUUCACAGAGAUGACUAGUAGAUGCAAUGGGGAGAUACAAGAGAUCGACGAGCUUCUAAAGCGGAGGAACGAAAUCCAAGCUUCGUACACAACACUUCCCCCGACAAGACAAGCUUCGAGCAAGAACAGGAGCUGGAGCUGGAGCAGGAACAGUCUCUUAACGGAACGGAAAGAAGGAGGAGAAGGAGAAGAAGGAGAAGUAACGGUACGGAAAGAGGAAAGGAAGAAGAGAUGGUUCAAGACGAAAACCCUGAGAAAAUAA